AUGGCUGCUAAGAUGUUUAAUCUGGGGGCAAAUACAAGUGACACACAAAAGGUACAAAGUUAUAACUACAAUUUAUAACAAUAUCAUCGUUCCGUUUAUAGUCAAGGCAGUGCAAAAAAACUCUUUGUGUUCAUUUUUCUUGUCCAUGAUCGUCACUUGGGUAUUUAUUGUAUUUUGGUUUGCUGCUCUAAAUAUGAAGUUCUUUUUUCCAAAAAAAUCCCUACUUUACUGCCCCCAGAGUGAGUAAUGAAGGCGUGAAGUAAGAUUUUCAGAGGGAUUGAGUGAACAAAAGGUAAAAUGGUAAAGGUCCUUAUUUUAUAUUGGUAACCUGUCACAGUCAUGAUUUACUGACAAACGUGAGGGUGAUGGCACACUCAUUCUUUUCACCGUACGCGAUAUCUUCAUUCCAUUUGUUUAUUAAUGAGAACAGUUGUUCAAGAAAUGCGAAUGCGUUGUACUGUGUAUUUGUCAUUACGGCCCUCAAGUCAUGAAAUUUGAGCCCGCCUCGAUAAUACAGCCAUUUUUUUUACCCAUAGGUGAUCGUAUUAACGUGGUUCCACUGUACUUGUUUUUCGUCGUUUUCUGGAAAUGAAAUUUAAUCAAAGGGUGCCUCUGGCUAACUCGUGGAUUAAGUAUUUUAAGCCCCAUUCACACCAAAGCUUAAAUUUGUUUAAAAGCUGUUUAGUUAAACACAGUUUGAAUUUUAUUUCCUUCAUAAAAACUGCCAACUAACUUGAAUGGAUUGCAAAUUUAGUGCAAAUUACCAAAUAUGUUGAAUUUUAAUUUGAAUCCUGUGUGAAACCCUGUGUUUCAGUUUUCAAUGUUGGAUUUUCAUUUUUAAAACCUGGUUUAAUUAAACAUGUUUAAUUGGUGUGAAUGGGGCAUUAGACAUCAAAGCUGAUAAUCAGCUUGCAAUAGUCUACCCGUAUUAGGCUGUCAAAACAUGGGUCAUACAAUGCAAAAUCUCUCUCACAAAUUUAGGGCUUAGUUUGCCAGUUUGUGUUGGACGAUAAAAACAUAUGAGAAGGGGCUUGGACUUUUCUGGCUAUUCCAUCAUUCCAGGGAACAUAUGUGACAGUAGGUGCCUAUAUGAGGCUACAGCCUCUUUGAAGAGCACUAUUGUUUACUCACCGCUGUAGUAUUGAGGUUCCUGUCUUAAGACAGUAUAAGUGGCUCAUCCCCGUGCCAGUUCCCUCUCUUAGUCAUUUUUAUUAUAGUUAUGCUUCCAAUAAUUAUUUACAAGUAAAGUUUGACUUACUUCGUGAACAGUUCGAUACUUCUCCAACUCUGUUCCUCCUAGUUCGUCUUCUAUGUGAUGUUUACUUGCAGGUUGACCACAUACAUGUAUAUUCUAUGGUUUCGCAUCAUGAACUUGUCAAUUGUGUAGCCAGUGUUUGGCGUGCUUACAAUACUUGUUUCCUUCAAGAAGUGCUCGUUUAACAGUAUUGCUCAUUAUGGUUUGACAAAUAAAACUCUUUCUAAUCAAUGCUUAAAACAUUGGCAUGAGAUUUCACAUUUUGAGGUCACUUUCCAGUUAGGCUGAAGUUAUUUACCGGCUUGACACACUCUGAGCUUGGGGAGUCGAAGAGCAAUUGCUCAUCUCUUCGUCAUGUUAAGCGCCUGGACGAGUCAAAAAGCUUCAAGAGUUCAUAAAAUUCUGUCUCCAAGUUAGCCAUAAUGCUAAUGUGAAACAUUCAAAGUCCACAUGAAGACAACUUACCAUCCUAUAUAUGAAAGCUACAAAGUCGUAACAUCGAAUGUACGAUCAGCAUUUCUUUAUCGUGGGGACGUCCAGGAACGAUCGAUCUACGACAAUAUUGUCGUUUUGAUAUCGGAAAUUCUUGUGCCGUCCGACUAAUCACGAACGUUGUCCACACCUGAGUGACACAUUUGCAUAUCGCAGUGCCCACAAUGACUCGUUCCUUACGCUACGCGUAAUCCACGAGUUAAAAAAUUUAGUUGAAUUUUGACUUUUGUCACUUUUGGAAAAAGGGUGAAGAUUUUUUUAUUAGGGAAUUUUAGAUAUGGUUGUCAAAAAUGGUUUAUCUUUCGUUUUUGGUCUUAGCUGAUAGAGUCAAUGGAAACUGAAGUCAGGGCUCUAACUUCAAUUAAACACGAGCAUAUUGGAGAGUUCUUUUUUGUGGAGCGUAUUCACAACACCGGUCUUCUGUUUCUGGAGUACAUGGAAGGGGUAAGAAAAAUUUAAGUCAAUCAAAAUAAGUUGGCUUUAAUUUUAUAUAUAAAAUUUCAGAUACAGUGAUUUUACUUAACCCGCGAAAUAGGUAGUAGAAUACUAGCUACGCACUAUUAUCCACUUAUUUUAUUGUCUUCUUUUGUUUAUUUGUAGCUAUUUUGCGCUAGUUGUUAUUAACUGUUUCACGGGUCAAGUAAAAUUGCUCUUAAGUCAGUGAUUUGAUUUAAGAGGGAGUAAUGUAUGAACUUAAAAAUAUGCAAAAAAAUGCAAUUAAAGAUAUGUAAUUAUACAAGAAAAAAUAAACCGUGUAGAAAAUGUAAACUGUAGGCCACUUGCACUAAGAGGUCGCGUGACUAAUGCUUCCUUUAAACAAUGAGUUGGAAUCUUGCUGAUGCCAAAAAUUGAUAGAGCACAUAAAAAUUAUCUCACACCCGAAAUUUGAGAGAAAAUGCAUUUAAGGGAGAUAUUUUAUGGCACUUUGAUUUUUCAACAAAGUAGUAUGAUUUGUAUUGGCCGCCAUGUUGGAGGGCAUACUCUUGCCCUCCAACAUGGCGGCCAAAACUACUUUUUGCUUAUAUCUUGUUAAACGUUUGAUAGUUUCGCUCAGAUGUGCUGUAAACGUUACUACAUCAUCUUUUCAACAUUUUCCUUGAAGUUUAAGUGCAAAAUUUGUGUUCAGAAAGAGGUAAUUCAUAAUUUUAAAAAUCACAUUUUGGUCACGUGACCAGCUACGAACUAACUCAAUUUAAGAAAAUGGUGCGGGUUUGAAAAACCAAAUCACUACUAUUUUGUUUUAGAUCUUACCCAUUAAUCGUUUUUCGCAGGAACAAUCAUAUAAUUUUCAUUUUCAUAAAAAUGAUGUCACGUGACCUCUUAGUGCAAAUGGCCUAUAGUUAACUGCAGGAUUUAUAAAAUUAAAAUAAACCCUCAAUGUCAAUUAACUAUAUACAGUGUAAUAUCGUUCUAAAUAACACUUCACCGUUUAUUUUUCUUAUGUUACUUACAUGUGCUUUAUAUUGGUUUUAUUGUUAUUUUUUGUUUGUUUACUUAUAUUUUAUUACUUUUCGGUAGAUAUGUAUUUAUCAUGUAUUUAACAAUAUUAUUUGCUCGAGCCCGAAUGGGCUCUGAGUCAAUAGCCCAUGAGACCGAAGGCCGAAUGGGCUAUAGACUCAGAGGCCAUGAGGGAGAAGGGAAUAAUUGUUUUUAGUAAAAUCCAGCUAGUUGGUAAAAAAUAUCGAGACAAAACAACAAAACGGCUAGCAAAACGCGAUUCAGCCGCCAUUGUUUUGGUUUUCAAAGCCGACGCUUUUCGCUAUUAGUGGGCUAUAACAUAUAGCUUAGUAGUAGCUCAACCAAUCAGAACGCAGCAUUAAUAAUGGACCACUAGUUGGAUUUUACUAAAUCAUGUAUAGUCUAUAUCAUUAUAUCAUGUAAUUUUCGCUACCCGACUCGAUUUGCCAUGCUAGUGUCGGACGAGGCGUUUAAUACCGACAAACAUUUGUUGUAUUCGUGUUUGUUGUUUUUAAAAUAAGGUGUUUUAAGUGUAAAAAUAUUGUUAUAGUGAGAAUGAUAAAUUGGAUGUUUGAACCAUUUAGGGCCUCUUCAUAUGAGCCCGGUUGACCGGGCUGGCCCGGUUUCCGAGAUCUCGCCUCACCUCUAAAUCCUUUGUAAAAUUUUCGAUCUGUUCAUAUGAGAGGGCGUGCUGGCUCGGUUCCCGAGAUCUCGGUUUUUCCAACCGAGAUCUCGGUAAGCGGGCUGGAAAUUUUGCCAUAUGAACACUUCAUCCCAGUUACCGGGAUGAUCGGCGGCAUGAAUUCUGGCGGUCUGGAUGGCAUCGUCUUGCAUUGCCUGUUGUAUUUCCACAUCGUAAGCAUCCCAUUUAACUGCAGUGAUACAGCUUUAAGAGUUACCGAUGCUAAGAUAGGCCCAAAAGUGAAAAAAAAAUGGGGUUUCGCUGUUUGCUUUGUUUCCUAAAUUUGGCGCCAGACUUCGUACCCAGGAUCUUUGACCUUUUCUCAUCUCGGAAACCGGGCUGAAAUUUCUCAUAUGAACCCAAGGCAAAAUUCAUCCCGGUAACCGAGCCAGCCCGGUCAACCGGGCUCAUAUGAAGAGGCCCUUACAUGGGUAAACCGGUCAUUUCACAGUAUGGACUAAUGGAAAAUAAAACUCAGGACUGGUGAAUUUCGUUCAAGAAUCGCGUUUACCAAAUUCCCAUUUACUGAGAAACGCCUCUAAAAUGCUCAUACUGGUAUCAAAAAUGUGGUAGAAGAAAUGGGGCACGAAUUUCGCAGUGGUACAUUCCUGCCCGCAAACAGGACUAACUUUUCACACAUUCCGUUGCUCCCGGAAAUUUUUUCGUUAAACGACCCAAAAAAUCGUCUUAUUUUUACUUUCUAACCGAAAUUUCCGGAAGCUUUUUGUCAAUAGUGAACUUGUUUUCCGCCAGGGUACUCUAGUAGACUUGCUUAGGAACAAAGGACCUUUGGAAGAACCUUUGGUGGUCAAGUUCACAAGACAACUUCUUUCUGCUGCUGAUUUUCUCCACACGAAUGGAAAAAAGCACAUUGUACACCAAGAUAUUAAAGGUUAGGUUUGAAGAGCUGUUGCUUCUUGUACGCAAGCCUGAGUGGUCGAAGGUUUUCGAAAACAGGUGUUUAUGUAAACGGCGGUUUCGUACAACGCUUUCCAAUGUUUUCGAUAAGAACGCAAGCUUGAACACAGGCAGGCAACAUACUGUACUUUCCCUGAAUGAGUUGCUAGUAUUUCUUAUUAAAUGUUACGACUUGUUAGUGCGGCGCUGUAGUCGAUACCGACGUUUAUUUUCGUACUUGUAAAUAACACAGCAGGGCGAAACUUUCUUCAUUUUCUAGGUUGGUUUAAUUGGCAACAACAACAUUGGAAGAACGUUGAAAACGUUAGUUGUAAACGGGUCUUUGUUCCUUUCAUGAUGCGAAAAUGCUAAUGUGGACACGGAAAUUUUUUAAUGCGUGUUCGUUAACAUGAAAACCGAUGGUUUUCGAAACGCACUAGUCUGACCUCUAGUGUGGACAUUGCUUAAGUGUUAAUUGAAGAUAUUGGUUAUUUCAGGCGCGAAUAUUUUGUUGGAUGGCGCCCAGGAAAACAUAAAACUGUUUGACUUCGGAAUCUGUACAAUAAUGGAGGUAAGAUCGUGUCCUUUAUAUGAGGUUUACAUAUUUUUUGCCCCAUAAAAUGAUAGUAAUUAUACCGGUUUCCUCAAAUAAAUCAGCCCUUUGCCGUAUUGCCAGCCUUGCAUUCAGUCUUGUUGUAAUUCCUACUUCAAGUAACGUGUGGCAUUAGCAUCUCUUCUUUAGAGAUCCUGCAAGAAAGAACCAGUCGGUUUUAUUUACUUGUUGAGUGGACCUCAAGGCGUUCAAGCGUUUUUUUAUAUAUAUAUACCGAUCGCUUACGAGAGGUUCCAACCAUGGUAAUCUGACUGGGAAAAGUUUGCUGUUUUUGAUGGGUGGUCGCUUAUGGGAGGUAUAUAGUCGCACAUGGAGGUUCAACUGUACUCUUUUUUAUUUCUAGCCACUAGCACUUAUAACAUAUUUUUGUCGUUUGUCUGAUGACUACGUGUUGAUUUCUACAGGAACCAAGAACUCCCACCGGUGGCCUGGUGACUAAAAAUAAUGUAGCGUCCUUUUAUUGGACAAGCCCUGAGCUUCUUGCUGGAAGAGAAUUUAGUCGAAACACAGACAUUUGGUAAGCAGAAUUCGACGGCUUUCUUGCUUAUGGUGGAAUUAACUUCAUGUCUUUGCCUUUCACUCUCUUUAAUUUGUUUGAGUUUCAGGUCUGUAAAUUAUAGCAUUGCGUAGGGCUCUAACUGUAGCGAGUAAUAUCAUCUUCUUCAUACAUUGAUGCCUUUGCUAAUUUGUGGAGUUCACGGAUUCCGCGCAUGCGAGUUUACGAGAUGUUAUAUUUCACGAGCCCUUCAGUCAGUUUUGGGGCCUGUUUACAUGGAGGUGGGGGAACCCCAGGUAGUAGGUGGGGGAACCCGCCUGUCCAUAUGAUUUCUCACUUUGAUUUGAUCACGUUUACAUGAUAGGUGGGGUGACCCUCCACAUGUCACCUCACCUACCUGGGGUACCCCACCUCCAUGUAAACAGGUCCUGAGGCUUUGUUGCACACCAGAUAGCUCUUGCGCCGGCACGAAAACCAUACCGGGUAGGGCUUCUGUUCACACCUAAGAACCGUGAUUUUGGCGCGAUUUCUGUAACGGAGAGAAUCUGCGGCGCGUCGAUCUCUAAAACGGAGAUUCACAUAUCGGAUACGUUUUUGCCACUCUUUGUCACAGUGUUUUCAGGUGUUUGGACCGUAAUAGUAGGAGAGAGGACUGGAACCCACUAAUGCGGAAGCAAAUAUUUAGGAGUUUUCAGGGCGGAAAAACGUUCUGCGCAAGCUUUUGCGCACCCUUAUCGCAGGCUCUUAAUCGCAGGCUCAAGGCGGGCUUUUCUGUGUGUUGAUUGUGUUUGUUUGUUGCUGGAGUUCUGAGUGAAAUGCACGAGGUGCGAAUGUUUGCUCCCUGUAAAGCAUUUUUAUUUGACAUGUUUGCUUUUUUUUCGCCGCUUGAAAAUUACUUUGGAUUCAGAACAACCAAUGCUAAAGGAAAAACGGAUCAUUCCGUCAGUCGGAGGUGGAAUGAAAGGUUUUGAACAUUUCUUAAGAGGCGAGUAUUUUUCUGAUUGUGCAUCCGAUUAAUUUAUGAGUUGAAUUAAAACCCACUUGUAUGCUGUUAUUAGUAGCUACGGUUACUUUUUUACAUGCCCAGAUUUAUUACCUUUGCAGAACCAACUUUAUCUUUGUCUUCAGUCAAAGAACCAUAUUACUGUUAUAACGCAUCAGAGUGAACAAACUUGUUCGCUUGUUAAAUUUCUCGGAAAUAGAAAGCCAGCAAGCUUACUCAAGAUAAUUAUUUUUUCUGUUGCUCAAGUAAUAAUAGUCAGAGUUUUUUUCAUUUUUCAUUACAUAGUUUUGUUUUCCAGUACACUGUGAAAGUUUCUGUUAUUUAUAAGAAUAACUUUCUGUAAGCAAAUUGUCCUUUUCACUCGCUGUGAAGUAGAGAAAGACAACUGCCGGCGGUGACUUCAAAACAAUUGACUCUUCUCCCUUAAACAAUUGCUGCAGCUUGAUUUGAUUGAGGCGAGCUAAACAAAUCCUUAUGUGCAAUUUUCUGUAUUUUCAAAUGAUCGGCUGAGUUCAAUUUGAUUAAACGAAGACCCUCGCAUGGACCAGUUAACCUUAUUGAAAAUAGCUAAAUGGUGAAUCAUGGCUUGGCUGCCAAGUUGCAACUGAUCUUUUGCUUUUAAUAUAUUUAGGUAGGUUGUUUUCGCACAGAAAAUUCAUUUCUUCAUUGUCAGCAAGAAGUUUUUAAGAUAAUGUAACUUUAACUUUGUUUGAAGGAAAUCCUACUUACGCGUAGGUUUUUGACAGAUGUUAUGCGUGUUCAACUUGACAACACAAAGCAAAAUUUAUAUAUCUGAGCGAAAUGAGCAAGUUCAAAAAAACUAUCUAGUUGCUUCAGUUGAAACCGAUGUUUGGGAAGAUUUUAUUAGAUAAAGAUUGACCUUUUUUCUGCCCACAUAUCAACGCAAUAAUUUCUACAUUGAGGAUUUUGUUUAUAUUUAAGUGAGUGUCUGGUCGAGCGAGGGUUUUAAAAUAUCAGCUCGAGUGCGACGAAGUUCAGUGACUUCAAACACAUUGUGGGCAAGCGUUAAUUUUUUUGGGCAAAUCACUGUCCAAAGAUAUGUUGUUUUUGUCUCCACAGUGGAGCUCCGGACCUUAUAUAUCCAGGAACUUCCUUAUAUGAAAACAUUUUGUGAAUGCAUCUUGAAAAAAAUCGGACCUACGCAUGCACAUUUCCAGUACAACGCAAGGAAAUUAAUGUUGUUAAAGUCCGUUUUGCCGUGAGGUAUUCUUCGAGAAAAUUAGGUAAUGACAAGGUUAUAACCACAGCUUGCAACAUUUGAAGACAAAUUGCCUGUUCUUUCCAGGUUAUGAGUGGAAACAUUUUAUUUUUAGGCAAAAAAAUAUUUUAAAUCCCGCCUUUUUUUCAAACCCGGCCAGGGGAUCUAGGCAAAAAAGUUCACGCAUGCUCAUUACGUUUUUCCGCCCUGAAAUUUAGGAGUGAGGAGUGGGAUAUAGUGCACCAAACCCUCUCGGCCAACCGCGCCGGCACGAUGUUGAAAGGAUUCAAAGUGUGUGAACGACCUGUUCCAGUUCUGUGCCGUUGCCGUUCAUUCUUUAGUAGAAAGGUUUAGAGGCUUAGAGGCUAGCCUGCAUAGCAGCACCUCUCAAAUAAACGUAAAAAAAUGCAGUUAGUUCAGAACUUUGCCGGCAGGAUAUUUCUUGGUCUCCGAAAGUAUGAUCACAUUUUUGACGGAUUGAAGUCAAUUGGAUGGUUUUCUAUUGCUGUUAAACUACUUUUAAAUGAUUCUGUUAUGGUCCAUAAGUGCCUAAGUGGCCGAUUGCCCGACUCUCUCAGUCAAACAUUUACACGUAGACUAGCUCAUCACGAUAGGAACACAUAACAAAGAAGACCUGAAUCUGCCGAGAUGCAGAUUAAUAACUGGGCAGCGAUCUUUCGCCUUUAGAGAGGCUACUUGUUGGAACAAACUACCCAAAGACAUAAAGGAAGUAGCAGAUUGCCGAAUAUGUUCUUAAAAGGACUUUCAUUAUUUUAAUAGUUAUAAUUAGUUGACUAUUACAAUUAUUUUUUCUUGUUGCGUUCGCAGAACGCCAUCCUAAAUUAGUAGCCAGAAAAAAAUCGAGAUUUUUCGCGACGGACUUCCAAAUAGCCUGGCCUCUUAAAAGAACGUAGCUGUCCUGGGUAAGAACGAUGUAAAACACAUGACUCAUUUUUCGACAAGUGCAAGAUGACUUUUGGUCCACGUGACUUGUAACACACAAUGGAAACUUUCAGAAUGUCUCUUGAUCUGUUUGCCUCUUAAGCUCGAUUCAAAGUUUUCCUGGUGCUAGCGAAGGCGAGAGAAUCAAGUUUUAACGCGAACAUAGGUGGAUUUUGUUCUGUUACUAUUGUUUGUUUGUUUUUUAUGGCGCCUUAAAUUACUUAGAUAUAUUUCGAAUUCAGCAUAUACGAUUAAGCGCGUUAAUUGAGCAAUUUUUUGGUGUACACGGCGUACAAGAGAUGUUCCUUCGACUUUCGACUUUCGUUUAGUUAUUUUAACAAAUUAGGUUUCAUGAAUUGUAGUGUGGAUCUUUCAACUUUGAGUCGCAUAAAAACCGCAUGCAGCGUUCAAGUUAAAUAAUUAUUGCUCGAGGCUUUCCCGGUAGCACUGCACUUUAUUUUUGUUAAGUAAUGAUUUAGAAAGCUAAAAAGGAAGCUUAUAUGAAUCCUUCCGAUUGAUUUCAUUAGAGAGCUUAAGCAAAGUCAAACAAAUUCAAGCAAGUUUUGAAGAAGCAAAACAUUACUCUGUACGUGCACGAUGCACGCUUUUCUGUCGGAUUUUUUUUGUUUUUUUCGUCGCUCACAUGACUAAAAAUCUCAGUCUUAUAUUUUAUUAGUACAAAUGAAAUUAUCCGAUUAUUGCCAAGAAAUCUAAAUCCUGCAGCUGAAGAAACUAAAACUUGGGUCAACUAACAGCUAAUUUCAUUUUGUUGUUAACUGAUGCGCAAUAUAAUUAUGCAGCACAUAUUUUCCUAUAUCAACCUUUUUACAAUAAAAUUGCUUUUUAACAAUAUGUUAAGCAUUGCCAUCAUCAUUGCCUUUUUUUUCUCCCUGGACACUAACUCAUAGAAGUUUGCAAAAAUCUAUGUUCUGCCCGGAAAUAACUCACUUCGCAUAUCGAACGCACACUUUAAUCUAUGAUUACCCCUAGUGUCUAGGUAAUUGGAAAUAGUUAGCUCAUUGUAACUGAAAAGCCCUGUUAAGAAAGUCUCGGUAAAUGUAUGUAAUCAUGUAUUUAUGUAUAGGCUAGCCUAAGCCGCGGCGCGUCGAAAAUAAUGGAACGGCUUACUUCUCCGAAAUUUUGCUACACCUCGAAAUUGAGAUUUCUUACAGUUCCUGUAUUGCUUUUAGGAGUGUUGGAUGUACAGUAGUGGAGAUGCUAACAACAAAGCCACCUUUAUUCUUUGAAAAGCUGUCUGUAGGGCAAUCAAUGUACCGGAUUAUAAACAAUCAAGUUGAACCACCGACUGAUUGUACGUCCCUAGCGUUUAGGUUUUUAAAACGGUGCCUUUGGUAAGUUCUAUUAUCUGGUAAAGAUUUAUUUCUGUAUGAGCUGUGUAGCUUUGAAUGUGUUGAGAUGCAUGUAAUAAAACCGAAACACCCUGGAUCACCAACACAAGUUAUUCUUGUCAAAAUAUUUACUAACUUAAUUCAGUAUUUUACUCAUUGUACUGAUCUUAAAUGGCGAGUUUAUUAAACUGAUAAUUUCCAAUGGAUUUAUAGCGGACUCGCAAGAGCGGUUAAGAACUUGUGAAAUCAAAAAUCCAUAAGCCCAUAAGCGUGUUAGAAUCGGAGACGCAAAGAUCAGAACGUUUGCUUUUUGUUUUUUGUGCGACUCCGCUUAUGACUCCGUCGCGUGCGAUCAAGGGAAAACUAGAUCAUCGGAGUCGAGAGCAGAAGCAGAGGAAUAUAUCAGUUGCAAUGCUCGUUCUCAUCCGUUGUGAUUGGGGGACCAGAAGGGUGGUUCUUCCGUUUCUGCUUGCGACCUCGACAGUCUAGUUUCGUCACGUCGUAAGCGACAGAGUUGUACGAUAAUGGGAACUGGAACUCUGUUUUCACUAGAUUAUAAAGCUCCGCGCUUCUGAUUACGACUCAGACUCUGACUCUGUUGCUGGUGAAAGAAAGCUUCCUGGCCCUAAUAUUUCCCAGCAUCCAACUGUCUAUUUUUACGAUAACAUCAUUUCGUUACAACCACCAGAAUCCUUCAGGAUUUUGUGUUCUAGUGCGAAUGGGGGCUUUUGUUCUUGAAAACUCACUGAAAUGGGCCAUUUACACUAUGGCGUCAUUUUACUACUACUACCAGAAUCCUUCAGGGUGUUUCUUCCUUGUGCAAAUUUGGGCUUUUGUUAUUUAAACCUCGCUGGGAUAGACCUUGUCACGGUUUUCGACGCCAUCUUGACGAGUAGGCAAACCCUUGAGAAAUUACAGUGUUUUCAUGAGAAUCUAAUGUCGAAUAAUUUCCGUAGAACGGCUGUUUUGAAAAACAUAUGAAUUGUAAACUAAUGUUUCACUCCUAAGGAUUCUACUGAGAAAAAUUGAGGGUGUUACAUAUACGCUAGAAGACCUAGAACCACUUUUUAAAAUUUUCUAUACAUUUGUCUGUAAGAAAGUCCCAGGAAAAAAUGUAUGGAAAAUCUAAAGCAAGCCUCUGGAGAAAUUUAAGCACAGGUACGCGCCCCAAUUUUUUUAGUACAAUCCUUUGUUUUGUAGCUUUAGUUUACAACUCAUAUUUUUUUCAAAACAGCCGUUCUAUGGAAAUUAUUCGACGUCAGAUUCUGAUACACACACUGUAAUUUCUCACGCGUUUGCCUACUCGUCAAGAUGGCGUCGAAAACCGUGACAAGGUCUAUUAUCGCCAAUUUUUAAAAAAAAGAUUUUGAAAAGUUCUUUUCAUUAAUGAAAUUGCUUAAGAAAUGGAGAACAAUUUAAAGAAUUAAAGAAUAUCCAUCUUGAUUUUAUGAAAUGCAAUAUCCAAAUCUUUUCUGUUUUUUUUUUAUUAAUGUAUGUAAAAAAUUUGUUUCACUUUUAACCAGUCUCCAGGUGGAUAUGUUUUUAAAUGGGUGAGUGUGUUCCAGCGUGUGUGUAUGAAUUAUAAACAAAUUUAAGCGGACAUAGCUUUAGUAAAUGUCUAAGUGAAAAUCCUCACGGCGCGCUAUUUUCAUCUUUUGAAAUCCAGCCCAAAGGAAAUUCGAGCAUCAGCUGCCGAACUGUUGUUAGAUCCUUUUUUGAACCAUGAACAACUGGAGGAAGUCCAUCCACAAAGAGGUAUGGCUGUAGUUAACAUGUAGUGCUAAAAUACUUUUUCUUUUACUUGUUUAAGUGAAUUUGAAUUAAAUACUCUUAUGAAUUCUAGGAAACCUGAAAUUGAACUAUCACAGCAAAAAAUCCACUUAUCUAUUUUAACUUUGGGGGCCCUCCAUGCAUUAACGGAAUUAUCUUAGAUAUUCAAUUACUAAAAUGUUCACGCUGUUAUCAACAUUAGUAGUAUACUAUAUUGGAAAUUAAGCCCCGGUGGUGUCGAGUUAGUGUUGAGUUGUCGAGUUAGAUCGAGGUAGGUUAGGGUAAAUCAUUGAUAAAUAAGGGUCGAGUCUAUGACGUCACCCAUUGUUAUAACCUAGGGAAAAAGUGCGUUCCUCCAUACUAAUUAAGUGCCUAGUCAGUGUCUAGCUAGCUAGGUAAAAAUGCGUUCCUCCAUACUAAUAACUGUCUUCCUCCAUAUAUAAUUAAGUGGAUAGUCGUUUCUUUUCGUAUGGAAGAACACGAUAGGAACAAUAGGCUUGCCUAGACCUACCGGGUAAGUAACUUGAGCCCGGUUUUCGGACCGUCUAUUUAAAAAGUAAGAAUAAGAGGAGCGAUCACCUAGCAACACGAGAAACGGCUUAUGUCUUCUAUUAAGCGCUAAAAAAUAGGAUAUAUAAACAAAAUACAUACACAAAGUGGUGAUGAAAAGUCUUUAUUCCAAUUUAGCUUAAGUCUUCUUAUUUAGCGCUAAAACUCAGAUAUAAUAACAAAUCACACACACAUACAAAAAGUGGAGCCGAAAACUUUCUAUUUCAAGUGUUUUUGCCUAUUACAAAACCUUUUUCUCCUUUCUAUCUCAAGGAAACGACUAACUAUUGAAGUCUCUGCGUUUCACGCACCGUUAGUCAGUUAAUUAUGCGAGUUAACAAGCCCACCUUUGUAUACAGAUUAGUCAGUUCAGCUCCGUAGUAUUAUUCUAAAAACACACACAAAAGAAAACUACUAAUACCUUAAAGGUCAAAUGAACCAAAAUUUCCUCCUUUUUUAUUUUAGUUCAAUUCUAGUGAAAUGUGUUUAAUAUGAACCAAAUAAACAUACUAUGAAGUUUCAGCUCAAUUGAAGCAAGUAUCUCCGAGAUAUUCGCAAUUGAAAAUUGCGGUUUUUUUUUUCGGAAAAAACAGCUUGUGACGUCAAUGUUGGUCAGGUGAAAAAAAGGCGGGAAAUUCAAAACAGAGUUUUUCGAGUCGACUUGGCGCAGAAGUGGUUUGUGCGGCCAUAAACCAGGAAAGAACAGGAAAUUUGUCUUCAAAAGUUGCAAGCUGUGGUUAUAACCGUCUUAUUAUUUAAUUUUCUCGAAGAAUACAUCAUAGUAAAACGGACUUAAACGACAUUUACUAAUUUCCUUGAGUUCUACUGGAGAUGUGCGUGCGUAAGUCCGAUUUUUUUCAAGAUGCAUUCACAAAAUGUGUUCAUUUAAGGAAGUUCUUGGAUAUAUAGGGUCCGGAGCUCCACCGUGGACUCGAAAACAAAAUAUCUUUGCAUAGGCCUACUCUGGGACCUAAAGUCGCCCAAAGUCGCCUUAAGUCGCCUAAAAUGGUCUUAAGUCGCCUAAAAUCGCCUUAAGUCGCCUUAAAACGCCUUAAGUCGCCUAAAAUCGCCUGAAGUCGCCUUAGGUCGUCUUUAGUUGCCUUAAGUCACUUUACAUCAUUCAAAUCUUAACGAGGUUCAAAUUGUCUUGUAGUUACUACUUUUUUAGUUUUCUAUUUCCAGAAUGCAUGAUUUCUCAUAAAGUGUGUAAUAACCCAUGUUCAAUAAUAUUAGCCACAGACCCACCCCACCCCCCACAAAAUACCUCCCAUAGUGACUUAAGACCCAUUAAUUUCUUCUCCAGCCCUCUAAUUUAUACAUUUAAUUACUUUACGCAAUUUAAUACACGUAAUAAUUAGUCGUAAGCAAUACAAGAAUAAUCAUUCCUGUAUUGUUUAUGCAAAAAUGACAACAUAUAGUACACAACUUUAUCCAGUCACUUGUACAGGUAUUUUAUUGAUUUCAUCCGGGAGGUUUGUCUCAUAUUUCUGAGUAAAAGUGUUGUUUAAAAAGGCAUUCAAAGGUUCAAGUUCUCGCUAAAUUAUAUCCUAAAAUCCUAAACGCUUUCUUAAAAACGUUUCCCAGCAAAAUGAAGCCUACUAAAUGCCCAGCAAAAGAAAAAAAAAUAAGGCAAGAAAAGUGAAAAAAGAGGGGGAAGGGAGAAAGCGAAAAGUAAAACUUCAAGACGGCUGUGUCACUUUUAAACCCUUUCUGCGCAUGCCCGAACUUCGUAAGCUAAUGUUUUGCAUCUGGAUCAGAAGGCCGCGAAGUGUACGACCUGUAAACGGCUUUGUGGUACGUUUUAGCUCUUAAUAGCACGACAGUGACCAGAAAACUGCUCGACUAGCUUCAAAACGCGUUUUUCGGCAAAAUUGCCAGGGGCGAAUGGGUUAGGCUGCAGGUGUAUCGAUUUUGUGAAGUUAUCGAAUUCCUUUAGUAAGUUUCAUUUUUCAUGGAACUUUAUACAACUACUGCAGGAAUCUGAGGUCCCUUCGCAAAAAAGAUGUAAAGACUCAUUUAGAUGUGGCAGAUGUUGCAACCGUUCGAUAGGAUGUCUCAUCCGUUAACAACGUAUAGGCCUUCAGUUUGUAUCUUAUUACUUUUACUUUAAGGUACGAACUGUGGGAUUAUGUUAUCUUUUUUCACAAUAUUACAUAACAUGUUUUCGUAACUUGAUAUCAAUUUACUUUCACCUCGUAUAUAUGUAGCCCUUCCAAUGUUAAUAAUUUUAUCCAGAUUUGAUUUAUUAUUUUUGUACUGUACAAUGAACAGGUCCAUAGGGUGAAAUGUUUUUACGUCUAAUAAAAAGCGAAACAGUUGAAAAGUUGGGGACCUCUGUUUAAUCCAAUUUAUAUUUCUAUACAAAUAGCUAAUCAGAGUGUUAAAAUAGCAGAUGUCUGCAAUUGAUAUAUUAUUUUACGCCAUCAGUUCCGUUAGAUAUUCAAGCCCGAGGUCCCCUGGCCACGGAAGUCUACAAUAGAGAACUCAAAGAAGGAUACGGUUACGCCAGAAGAGUGCCAAUCAUGAUAAUUGGGCAAGCUCGGACAGGGAAGACAAGUCUGAAGAAGUCUUUAAAGGGGGAAUUGUUCGAUCCAGAUGAAGGAAGCACAAAAGGUAUAGAGACAGAUCCUUCCUAUUUUAAAGUCACAACAGACAUCUGGAGGACAGGCAGAAAUAGCGAAGAUACUAAAAGAGAGCCAGAAUUUUUGUUAGACCGCCAGCUAGCCCAGAAUAUAUUCAAAGGCUUAAAGGAGAAAGAACGUUUAGGGGAUCCUAGUACGAGCGGAACCAAGCCAUCAGUUAACGAUUCCAAAGAAGUCGAGCCAUCAGAAGCGAAUUCAACGCCCACUAAACGUUCAGACGAAUCUAGCAGUAACAGGUUCGAACCAUCACCUCAAGAUUCUAAAGUAGUCGAAUUUUCUGUAGAACCAGAGGAACUCAAAACCAGUUCAUCAGUUACAGAGCAGAGUGAGAAAGAUCCAUCAGCUCAAGACUUCAAAGAUCAUCAAAAAGUACCAGAAAACGUAGCAGUUUGGGUUGAAAAGCUGCUUAAAGAGAGCAAAGAGUUUAUGGAGGGAGACGACAUGUAUUCUGUCAUUUGGGAUUUUGGAGGACAGUCUGUUUUCUACGACACCCAUCCAAUUUUCUUGACAGAAAAGGCCAUCUACAUUUUGACUUGUGAUCUAAGUUGUGAUCCGGAAAGCAAAGCCGACACUCCUGUGAAAGAAGGCAGGUACUGCGAGGAAAUACGCGACGAAUUCUGCGAAAAAACAAACUUCGACUACCUUGAUUUUUGGAUGUCAUCAAUUUAUUCUUUGGUUAGCAAUAAUCCUAACCGUCAGGAAACUUCGUCGUCUGGAACGUUACCUGCAGUUUUCUUGGCUUGUACGCAUGCUGACAAGCCUUACACUAAAAAAGGUAAUCCCUCCCAAAAAAUCUUUGGAGCCUUGAAGAAAAUUUAUGGUUCUCUUCUCAAAGACGUUUUUGUUGUGGACAACACGAAGUCAGGAAGCAAUGAUGAGUGCGAAGACAUAAAAAGACUGAGAGAAGCAGUGCUUUCUGUUGCCGCGAAGCUUCCACAAAUGGAAGAGGAAAUUCCUUUAAAGUGGUUAAGGUAUGAAAAGGUUCUGUAUCUGAUGAGGAAAGAGGGCCGUGAGAAAAUAUCCAUCGAGGACGCACGAAAGAUAGCUUCAAAAAAAUGCGGAAUUGACGGCGAUGAAAACUUUCGAACGGUACUUAACUUCUUGCACGAUCAGAAAGUUUUGAUUAAUUUUGAUGAUUCACCGGGAUUGGAAAGCAUGGUCAUUUUGAACCCUCAGUGGCUCGUAGACGUGUUUAAGGAAGUAAUCACGUUCCGAGGUUUCAAUCACAACGAUGAAAACGUUGAGGGACUGUGGUGUGAAUUUGAGGAAAGUGGAAUUUUAAAAAGAGAGCUUUUAGAUCUUGUAUGGAAACGCUUCAUUGAUGAUCAAAACACCUGCGAGAGCCUCAUUGAAAUGAUGGAGAAAUUUAGUCUGAUUUGUCAAUGGCCAUCAGAAGGGACCACGGAGCGGUAUCUUGUACCAUCCAUGCUGAAGUCCAAACCAACAAGUAAAUUUCCCAGUCCCGGUGUUCAAUUUCCUUCUCUUUUUGUGAAGUUUAGAUCACGCAGAGUGCCCCAAGGCAGAGAGCCCCCAGGCAGAGUACCCCCAGGCCUGUUUUCGAGACUUAUUCUUCUUUUUCAUCAUUGGGUCCAAGAUCAGGUGAAGAUAAAGCACAAGAAGAGGAAUCAACCGAAGCCAUGCAGUAACUAUGCUAUGUUUCGCAUUGUUCCUGAGGAUGAUAUUUCUGCGGCCUUAUUGUGUUAUUCUUCGUUUAUCGAGAUCGUUUUUGUCCUCGAAGGUGAAUUUCUUGAUGAAAGGCGUCUGAAUAUCAGCCGUGGUAUUCAUCAACAGCUGGGACUGAUUCUUGAUGGCAUGCGCAAUGAGUUUUCCUGGUUAAAGCACAUGGAUUACGAAUUGUGUGUCGCUUGUUCUGUGUGCUGUGGGGAGAAGGGCUCGUCCAGCUGUGGUCCUCACGAAAAGCGUGGCUGCGAUUGUUUGCAUCUCUUUUCAGAAGAGGAGUUAAAGGAUCCUGUUUGCGAGAGGGAAAAUGCUAGAGCAAGUUGCAGGGUUGCCAAAGAGAAGUUUCAUCUUUGGUUUUCUAGUCAGGUUUGUUACUUAUAUUAUACAUGUACGAUUAUACACGAUUCGAACUGUCAAAAACCAUUACACUUCUUUACAGUGCAACUGCACAAACCUAGGCCACCCAUACUGCAAAAGGGAGAACCCUGGGAAUGAGAGUGGCUAUUAUAGUGCAACAGCCUAUAAAUUAAUCAAAGCGGAAAAUACCAUAAUAAUCUUAAAACUGCCGUCUAGGAGGUGCUUCAUGUCAUGUAAACCUGACUUUGCGUUAUCUUUUCAUGAAAGUGCGGGGUAUGCAAAUUUAUGUAAAGCUUAAUUUGCACGUGCAAAUCGAGCAAAAUUUCUGAGUCCUGUUAAAAGGACGGCCAGUAAAUCUCUUUUUAAGUACAAACUAUCUAAACAAAUUACCUGUUUUGCCUUCAAAAUAAUGUUAUCGUAACUAAGCAAAAGUUACGCAGUUUGCACACAUGCAACUCAGAAACUCAAGCGCCAUUUUGAAACAAGAAUUUUCUCUCUACCCCAGAUAGUAUUUCAUCGUCCAGUCGAAAAAAUUUAGUAGAGGACCUACCCCAGCUGCGCAAUUUAUUGACACACAUUUCCACGUGACAACCCGCAACCAGGGUUCUUUCUCCAAGCAGGAGAGAGAACCCUGGGAACGAGGAUCGAAAGUUCCUACUCGCUAGAACUCAUUUCCCUGUUAACGUGUACCACAUUUUAAGGGGUAUGUUUCGAUAAGUAUCCUCUUAAAUAGGUUCCUUCACGGUAUCGUCUAAAGGUCAUUUUUUGAGCAAUCUCACCUAGUAAUUCUUCUAUCGUUCCCCUUUCUUGCAGGAGAAAGAGUUGGAAGAAUAUUUGCGUUCUUGUGGAGGUAUUUAUCUACAAUCUCAGACAAAAGUAGUUGGGAACGUCGUACAACUUAACAGUGGUUCAUUUUAAUCCUCAAAACAGAGAGUUUUCACUUUUGCUAAAUAUCCCUCGAUCCCCCUAUUCAAUGUUGGGAUAUAACAGAACAAUUACGCGCACAAUCAUUAAAGUUUUGCUCAACAUUGGGCCAGGGGGCGGGGGAAGGAAGGAAAAAAAGAGGUAAAAAGUAGAAGCCUUCCCAACACUUUUGACGAUGAUUGUCUGAGAAUGGGAAAUCAACUUUAAACGCUUAUAAAACUUGUCGCUUUUGUAAUUUUAUAGCUUUUAUUAAUUUUUUCACGCUUAAAUAGUGAAUACAAAACAAAAACACGGGACACCCCUUCAGCUACGAGUUUACAAAUGGCAAAAAUUUCUUCCAUUUCUUAAAAUGUGUGGUUAGUUUGUUCCGCCUGUUCUUGGCUUUAAAGACUUGUAUAGAAGGAUAUGUAUUAUUCAAUUUACACUUCUAGAUAAACAAUUUAGCUGCUAAAAUGAGAUGAUUGAGAAAGAAAAAUCAUCUCCAAUGUUAUGAACUCCAAACAAGAUAUCCGUUAUCGUAAAAGAAUGUAGUUUAAUCUUACAAUCACGAAGCCAAGAGCAAAACGAUUUCCAAAAAGAAUCCGUCACAUUACUAUGAAACAUUAAAUGUUCAAUAGAUUCCUCUUUUCUUUUGCAAAAUGUACAUAACCUAAACAGUUUUUCAUUUGUAAACACAUAUUAUUCAAUAGUUUGUAUUGAAAUUCUCGUAUCUUAGUCUCAAUUGUAACCUCUAAAAGGCAAGGAGUAAAUUUCCUUCCAGUCACUUUGAAGUUGAGGAUAUUUCUCCUGAAAUUUCUUUUGGGCAGUUGGAGGUACUUGCUUUUUAUUUUUAAAAGCAUGGUAAAGUAAUUUGGAUGUUACGUUUAACAAAUUACUUCUGAGUUGUCUAUCAUCAGAUAAACUCUUUCCUACUGUGUUCCGACCCGUGACUAAAGAACACAUCCCCCCUCCACUGUGACUUCCAAUGAUUCUCAACUCCUGGAGUACUAUAGGUCUCUUGCAAAAAGAUAAUAUCUGAUUUCUUUUUCGUUAGCCAAUUAAAAAUUGCCUUUCGUUUUUCAAAGGAACGAAUGCCCCGAACAUGUAAAGAUAGAAUUUUAAAAUCUAUAUUACUCUUCAUGAACAAUACGACAGAGUGAAUAACAGCAGAUUGAAAAAGCGGAACAAUAAACAUACAUGUAUAACUGAACAUUUGCAUACAAGCUGAAGCCGUUGGAGUCCCACAUUCCCUCACCUUGGUACCACACGCAGCUGAUAUAAAAAAUUCUACAAACGCAAACAAAGAAAAAACAAUAGAACUACGAGACACAUUAAGAUGAAUAAAAAAGUAGCCAGCAAAAGCUGUUGAAAAAGCUACUAAUAUUCGUCAUAACACGUAAUAGCAAUAAGUGCAUAAAACAAACACAAAAGAUAGUCCAGUUCUUGACAAAAACAAUAUUCUACAGCUUUGAUAUUAAUUAGAAAACUUUUAAAGAUUGGUACAAGAAAUAUGUGGUGUAAAUAAUUUUGCAAAUGUUUUAAAACUUGAUCACCGUCAAUAAAUAAUUUAUCUGGUUCUGCCAUAGCCCGAAUUGCAUCCGAUUACUUCGAGUCCUUUUUACUCCCUCAGUAACGUCUGAAUAGACCGGUCGUUAAUGCCGUCCAGUGCAGUGACGUCACUACUCCUUUGCUUAAAUUCAUGCAAAAAGUAAAACACGAUUUUCAACUGGCAAACAAAAAAAUAUCGUCUGGAAAUGUCUACAUGGUACAGAAUUGCUUUACUCUUUUUGAUUGUAAUUCAUGUUUAACGUGCAUGCGGUACUCUAAACGAAUCUGUUGUAAUUCAAUGAUCAUGAUCAAACUCGAUCGCAAUCACGUAAUGAAAUACGCUUAAAUACACGCACGGAACACUUCAAAAUUAUCAAAAACACAACAACUGUCUUUAAUCGAAAAGAAGCUAUUUGGUCCUUAACAAAGAAGAAAGAAAACAAGAAAGGAUCGGAAAGCUAACAGAAUCAUUUCACUUGACGGUGGAAGUAACAAGAAGGUCGAAUUAUAACUUAAACCCAGAAAACUCCGCACAAACAAAGUCAUUGCCGAAACCACAAAGCAGCUCUAAAUGAAAAACCUACGGACUCUCCGCAAUGAUUCUUCGUUCGCAGUUUAAUGUAACAAUUCAUAGUUUCGAAGACAAUGGCAAUUUUGCUGUUUACGAUAAAGAUUGUCGAAAUUUUUUAACUCCACGUAAGCAUGCCAGACAUGCUAUCCGCUGAAUAUCAACGACAGUCAAGCUAAAAUUUCUCAUAAUUAUACAUAAUUAUGCGAAUGUUUGGACAAUCAACUAAAAAAAAUCACUACCCGGUUUUCGGGUAGUGACGUCAGUGGAUUUAGACGUUGCUGAGAGGAGAAAACGACUCGAAGUAAUCGUCCGAAAUUCAGGCUAGUUCUACCAUACUAAAAUAGGCGGUCUUUCCGUCCUUUUUGCUGCAUCUUCUUCUUUCUUCGCGUUCUAAAAUUUCACUUGGAAGGUCCGGCGAAAUUCCAAAGUUUUCUCCUUGAACUUUCUAGCAUUGGACAUAACCUCUUCACGUUGAGGAUAUUUCAAAAAAAAGUGCGAUUAUUUGUCGAGGUUUCCAUUGGUAGAAACAAGCUUUCUAACACGAUGGACCCUUUGAAAUUUGAUUUGGUUUGCAUCUUCCAUACGAAGCUCUGUUUCAAGGAAUCCAACCAAAACCUCCCUCGUGUCCUCCCCUGCACUAUUUUCUUCUUUAAUUCCGAAAACAACGAAGAUUUUUCCGCCGCUGGUAUGCCUCAGUGUAUAGUUUCUCGUCCCUCAGCUGAUUAAUUUCGCUUUUCAGCUUGUCAAAUUUCUCCUUAAAAGACUCGCGUUCCGUGUUCGCAAAAUCCAAUCCGUCUUCAAGCUCUUUGAUCUUUUCUUCUGUCACUUUUCAAGGACUCGAAACAAUCCACCUUUGCUUGCAAAUCACUCCCUUUUUCGUCAACCGCUUUUACAUACUGUUCCAAAUUUUCAAGUUUUUCCAACACUUGUUCUAGUUUCGGGAUAACCUCUCCCGCCAUAUUCAGUGUAGUUAACACUUCGUCUGAUUCACACAGUUCAGAAUCUGAGAGCGAAGCGUCGUGUCUUAACAAUUUUUUGCCAUCUAGAGAAAGACUAUCAUCAGUAUAGAAGAAGUUGAAGAGCUUUUCCUGGAUUUUCGUUCGACAGUUCCGGCCACACAAUGUUGCCAAAAUCACACACGUGUACUCCGACAUCUUGCCUCACACAGUCUCCCAACUUGUCUUAUUCAACAUUUGGCUUAGAUAUCUAGCCCUGGAACUUCACUAAUAAUGUACUUUCCAAACUAUAUAUAAAAUUUAAUGAAGGUUACAUUUUGGUAAAAUCAUAAAUAUGAGAACUUUGCAUCUGACGUGCGUGUGAAUGUCAGAAGCAAACAUUUAAGGCGUUUAAUUUUCCUCAUGAAGCAAGACGAAGUAUCCUUGUGUGGAUUAUGUAGAAAGAAUGGCCACAAGUGGUCUGUUUCACUAGAUUUAGAGCCAAGUCGUAGGGGCAUUUAAGUAAAAAUGCUUUUGCGAUCGCUGUCGUUGUAUUCAUGUAUCUUUUUCAUCAGCGGCAUUAACCCUGUUUAACUUUUCCUGUUUCCCAUGAGAGAAAUAUUUUGAAAGAUGUUACAAAUAGGAACGACAUAAAAGCCGCCAAAAUGAAGAUUUGGUUCAUUCCGGCAGUGUUAAACUUUCCGAGAAAAACGCGAUGUUUAUAGUUGCAUAUCGUAUUAUGCUUGUUUUUGAGCGUGUACUUGUGGGAAGGGAGGAUUGCGAGAUGCGUGCCGAAUUGAAACCUUCUAGACUGUAUUUUCUUAAGGUCCGAACGUAAUACAGAACCUCUAUAAACGUUAUUCAAUGUUCAUAUAGGAAUUGCUCUCCUAGCGUCGCCUGUCAAUCAUUCAGUUAAUUUGAAAACAGUAAACAACGUGGGUUUUCACAUUACUCCAUCACAUUACUCCGUAAGAGGAGUAAUGGAGUAGUGUCAUAUUUUACCUAGAAUUAAGCGAAAACGCCCAUUAAAAUUCGUUUGGUUAAAUCCUCGCAAAACCCUCAAACAAGUCAAUGAGGCUAUUUUGUCGUUAGCGCUACCGUAAAGGAAUUAUUUCCGGCUACGAAAAUGGAGUAAUGUGGAGUGUGAUGUUUGCAUGUCAUGCUCUUUUUAAAUAGAUUAACGACGACAAUAGACGUGCUAUUCUAAAUCAAGAGCGUACUUGGUUCUCGUUCUGAAACCAGUUUUAAAAAGCAGUGCCACAAGGGGUUACUGAAGUUGUUGUUAUUCAGCCGGAGAAAGUGGCCUCUAGAAGUGGGGCAAAUCUCCACUUAUUAAUUCAUCAUUCCGUUGCUCGCGUGGCAAAAGCAGACUGUCAGCUGCAAUGUCGCGUUCCGAAUGAUUUUUGGGAUCUGGUGAACGCACUAUGUCUUGCUCUAACAUUUGAAGCAUAUCAGCCUAUGUUAUAGUCAAUAACUUCCACCGAAAAUAAUCUUACAUUUGUAUUUUGGCCCUUUUCUGUUUCCUGCACAGAGCUAUAGUUCUACUUACGGGAUUGGAAAACGUGCCAAAUAUAACGAGGUUUGUGCGCCAAAAACUCUUAGCAAGGUGCGACAAAUAUUUUUUUUCAAGACAGUACCGUUUACGAGUGUUUUCUGAAGACGUUCCUACCGACAGAAAGUCGUCGACUUUUGAUCAUUCACGGCCACACCCAGAAUUUUCAGACAGUCCCAGACAAAAGUAGUUGGGAAGAUUGUACAACUUAACAGUGGUCCAUUUUAAUCCUCAAAAAAAGAAAGUUUUCACUUUUGCUAAAUAUUCCCCGUCCCCCUAUUCAAUGUUGGGAUAUAUAACAGAACAAUUACGCACACAAACAUUAAAGUUUUGCUCAAUAAUGGGCCUGGGGGUAGGAAGGAAAAAAAAGAAGUAAAAAGUAGCAGCCUUCCCAACACUUUUGACGAUGAUUGUAGGUUCUUUUUAAAAUGACGUUUAACAUCGCAGCCAGCAUGUUUAAUCGCUAGUAACUGUCUCCUAUUCUCGUGCCUGGUUAUAAUUAUUUGUAUACUCGCUGAUUAUAUUUAAUUUUCAAAACGUUGUACCCAAUAAGAUUACAGAUUCUACGAUGCGUGACAAGAUUAUCGGUGAUGUUCACAUAGAUUUCAUCAGGAAGUAUAACAAGACAAAGCUGAGAACUAACUCACUAAAUGACGUUCCUGUUAAAGUGUGAACAAGAAAAAACAUCUGCAAAAUAUACGUACAGGAUGUGACCAUAAUCCUACGUUACAAAAUCAGCUAGGGCUUUCCACAAGUUGCUCGAGAUUUUCCAAAAAUAGUUUCCCAUAAUUUCUCAAAAAGUUGCUCAAAAAACAAUCAAAAAUUGCUUUUUGUAAAACUAAAAGCUGCUACGAUAUCUCUGAAUUAGGAGAUAACUAGAGAAAUUGCUCAGAUUGCAAAAAGUUGCUCGAAAUACGAGAAGUUGCCAAAAAGUCGCCUUGCAAUUUGUGGAAAGCCCUAGGUGCUCCUGCAAAAUUUGCAAUGUUUAAUUUUGGGGCUCACGGAUUUUUACCAUAUCUGUCAGACCACUUUGCUUAAGGUUGAUUUCCACUGACGGGUUUUGGCUACGCACGUUAAUGCACAUAAAUUUUAAUCACGUAAAUAAAAUAGAGGCAGGAUAAAAAGUGCUGAGAUUAAACGAGAAGUUGAGCGAGGUUCAACUUUUACGCUUACGAGCAACCUUUCAUGCAUUGCCUCUAUUUUAUUUGCGAACGUAAAUUUUGCGCAGGUACGCACGUAAAAAUUACGCGACACUGGAAAUAGUUUAGUUUAGCAGAAGAUUCGAAAUCAGCUGUCGAUAGAAAGAAACUCGCAUAUAUCCUAACUAACGAUAUGAGUAAAGCCUUUGAUUCUCUUUGCCAUUCUCUUAUUGUAAAGAAGCUGAAGGCUUAUGGCUUUGAACAUAACUCCCUCAACCUUCUGAGAUCAUACUUCGACAAGAGGCUCAACAGGGUUAAAAUAGGCGAUGUCACUACACACUAGUGACUGGAAGAAAAGGGUAUUAGGCUAUCCACAGGGCUCAUCUUUUGGUCCGCUCCUGUGGAAUUUAUUUCAGAAUGAUAUGUUUUCAAGAGAAAUAUUAGGAAAGUCGACUUUUCCGGACUCGCGGACUGAUACGUAUAUAUCCCCGGUAUAGUCGUAAUGCGACUGUAGAAAAUAAUGGUGUAUGCCAUAGGUUUUCAUAAUUUUAGUGUUAGGAAGAUUUCAAGAAUGUAUAGACUUUAAUUAUUAUUAUUAUUAUUAUUAUUAUUAUUAUUAUUAUUAUUAGGGAUACUUAUUAUGUAUGGAGAUAGCCUGUGUCCCCAUUAGCUUUUAAGCUAAUGGGGAACACAAUAAUGGAUAACGUUAAAGCAUUUACUUAAUAUGUUCAUUUCCUCCGAGAAAGUGAAGAAUAUAAAAAAGGUUAAGCAUAAUAAGACACCGCUGAGAGAGGCAAAGUUCCUUUACAUCUGUUUUGCAAUGAAAAGGAACGACUGAAAUAAAACGAGAGACUGCCUAAAUGAAGAUUUGUUUAGGUCUAAUACCACAGGUUUAUUUGGUUGGCAAGUUGUUCAAGAGAAAUUAUUACUAUUGCUGUAAAAGAACAAGCCAGGAAACAUAAAAAAAUAGUCCUAUGAGGGGACAUGAGCUUACUGGCAAUGAAUAGUCUGUACAAAAACCUUGUGCUUGCAAAACAAAAUCGUUCUUCAAGGCAGUGGCCGCCGAAUUUCUCCUACAGAUGAACUACUCGUCUAGGUAUAAAUCCGAAGACGAAUUUUGACGAAUAAUUUGUCUAGAUAUUUUACGCGAGGUACAGAAAAGUCCCAGUAAAAAAUAUAUUGAAUGCUUAUACCCAAAGGACACUGAAUUCUCAAUCAAAAAACUUAAAGACAAGUUCAGGAUUAGCGAAAGAAAUGAUCUCGUCGAAAAGUUGGAUUCUCGUACAUCUGGUGAGUUUUUUAAUACCUCAUGAUUAAGAGGUACGGGUUGCAAAGGUUUGACCAAAUGAAAUUACUUUGUGUGUAGUCAGUACAAGAGAUGAAACUAAUAACUGAUAUUUGUUUGACUUUUAACACAAACCUGCAAUGAGCAUCGAGGUGGGGGUGGGGGGGGAGGGAGGAUAUUUUUUAGCUUGAAAAUUUAAUUUUUUUAGGUAAAUAUUUCCAACGGCAAAACAAUAUUAAAACUCUGCAUACAUCGCAGCUUCUUAAAUUAGUUUUUGUUCAUUGUUCUUUAUAAGGGGGGAAAUAUUUUGCAUACUAGCACUCCGAUUUUGAUCAAGAUUGACGGCACAGGAUGUGAAUAUUUUUCCCUCUGUGAAUCGUUUGAUUCUUACAAGUGCGUGGGAACUUAAAAUACGUUUUUUCAUGCUCAGUGAUUUAAAAUGUAUACCUGAGAGAACGAAAAACAGUUUGGAACGUGCUGUGUUUUUGUUUCACUGUGUUCAGUCCGCUGCAAAAGGAUUUCAGAAGGAGAAAGUUAGGAUGCAAAAGUGAGAGUUUUUCAUGUGAUUUCCAAACACCAUUGAACAUUUAUACCACUUAUUUUUUCUUUAUGAAGAAUUAAUGACUUUGAGAAGUCAUUUUCAGAUGUUUUCUAAUUGAGGACGGUGCCCAAUAAUGGGAAGUCUUUUUUUCCCAGAUAAUGACUGUGGGGGAUACGUGGAUUGUAGUUAGGGCUAUUGAAAUCCAACAAAAAAUUGGGGGUAACCAGGCUAUUUUCGAGAUAAUUGCACUUCCAUAUUGAGGAAAAGUGCUGAUUAGGCAAUAUUCAUAAAAUUGAGAAGUGUCAAAGGUUUUUAUGAAACUAGCCGUUACAACAGCUAAAUCGACAAUAAAUACAAAAUCCUUUUUUAGAAAAUACCUGUGGAUCGAAAAUAACGUUCUUGAAGAUUUAGAGUCAAAAUCACCUUAAAAGAGAAAUAAUCAAAACCGACAGCUCUCCAUUGCUUUCCCAAAGAAGGAUCUAGAUAAUUUUUUCACCCGGAACAAAAUAAAUCAUGUGUUCUAUAGGAACUCCGCUUUCAAAGUAGGGGUAACCAGGCGUUUUUUAAAGUCAUUCGAGGUAUUUCCAACUUCAGUUGAAUCGUUUUUGGGGGUGGAUACAAUUUUCCUAUCCCCCCCUAGUAAGUUUUUGGUUGUCGUCAUGAGCAUGCUGGGAUAUAAAAUGGCGGCCAAAGAAAACGUCUCAAAGAAACGCCUGUGAAUGACAGUGCAUAGAGGAUAUCUUUUCGAAGAAAAUGCCCUCAGAUGAUCAAAAUAAUAUCAAGAAAAUACAGUGGAAACCAUAUUUUAUAAUUCUAAGUGUCGUAGGGUUUCUUCUUUAAGUUUCUCUUUAUAUUUAAUGGGAAGAAGUCGAUGACAAGUAUCGUGAUCGAACACGUGGCCCGACAUAGCACUGCCGAUAUGAAACAAGUACAGUACAGUAUCUUUAUUAAAUGUCCACUAUGUGACUCCUCUGAUUUAAUUUACAAAUUUGGAAAAGGAAAAAGAAAGAGACUAAUUUACAAAUCUUAAAUUGUUAAUGAUAAAUGGAAAAAAGUAUAAUACAAAAUAGCUACGAUAAUUUAUCGUAUAUACUAUAUACAUAUACUGAUUAUUGACUGAUAAAUACCCCAAUGACAUAUAAAAACUGUUGUAGUCAUGCAGUCAGUCACCAAGUUCUCGGUGCGACAUAGCGUUUUACUAUUUCUUGUGCUUGCGCUUAGCGAGUUCCAAGUGUUGAUAGAUCGAUAGUGAAAGGAACGUCGUGCAGUGGCUAUCCUUCACAUAGGAACGUCUAAGUUUUCCCUGAAUCGGGUAUUAUAACUAUAGAUCACUGUUCUAACUGGCUGGUUGGCACAUUUAGCCUCGAUCUCAUUUGAUAAUUUUUCUCGACCGGGAACUGGUAUCUACUUUGUGCCUCGCUCCUUGACUACAGAUGAAACAUUGGCGAGUUUUUGUUCACUAAGGGUUGGUUUAUUAUUUUUUACUCUCAGUUAUUGAUGUUCCAUUUAUUUCAGUUCCCUUCAUAGAAAAUGCUCUUCUAAGAUAAUCAGAUAUCCUGGUAUUAUGUCAACAACGUGUUCGACACGCUGUAUUUUAGAUAAGCCAAAUCAGCUUAUGACUGAGGGUUAAUAUUAACCUGUACAAUGCCAAUCUGUUUUGUAUUAUUUUGUGUUUUUAAUUUAUCUUGCGAGCAGAUCAGGUUUCUUGUCAUUCAUUUUCUGCACUGCGUUUUGAUUGUAGUUUGUGAAUCAAAAAUCAAAAGAAUGUGGAAAGAUUUAUUCCCCCCCCCCCACCCUUUGCCUUAUCACCCCUCCCUGUCGAACGCACUCCCCUGAUUUGCAUUUAUUUAUUUAUCUAUUUAUUUAUUUAUUUUUUUACGUACAACACUUUUACAAAUCUAAAACAAAAACAGUGGCGAGAGUUUACGUGUGCCUUGCCUAAAUCUUACGACGUUAAUUCUUUCAAUCCACCCCAAGUGCUGCGCUGCACGUAAUGUUUGACAAUGGUCUUAGCGGAAGUUGCGACUGUUUAACACCCCUCUCGACGUUGUUGUAAGAUCCUGGGAAGAGUUUAAACCCGUUUGAAUUUCGUCAUAACCGGAGAUCAGGCGGAAUUUUGGCAGCUCUUUUGUGGAGUGAGGCAUCUUUCUUAACUAUUGUUCAACUCGUCCAUGCGCAAUGAACCUAAUAAACAUGUCUUUUCGAUAAACUCGAUUAUUUAUUCGAAAGGGUUUUGAGAAAAUUUUGACUGUUUAGUAUCAACAUGGUCAUAAAUCAUUCUAACAAUACUCAUUGUUUUUGUUUUUUUUUUUUUUACAGACACUGCAUCGAAAAGAUCUCUCACUGUUCCACCAGAAGUCAUCGGUAAUCAGCUUAAGAAUCAGGAUCUUCCCAAAAGUGUGACACAUUUUGAUGAUUGCCAACUGCCAGUCGACAUUUUGUUGCUGACGGUCGAGGAUUGUGAAUUUCUAAGCUGUCUGUCAUAUCUGAAUCCUGGUUUCUUUAAGACUUUUCACGACAAUCUUGGCUUUGUGUACCUCGGAGAUAUGGGAAAAGAUGAAAGGAAGUUGAACAUUGCUGUAAUGAGCUGCCACAGGGGUGCCGUCACUCCAGGAGGAUCCGUGGUUGUUGUAUUAAAAGCUGUCAACGUCUUAAGGCCCAAAGCAGUGUUCUGUGUAGGUUCCUGUAGGAGCUUAGGCUACGACAAAGUUAAACUUGGAGACGUAGUAAUGUUUGAGAAGUUAAUCACACCUGGCCCGUGCAGAAUCACGGAGGGUGGCAUUGAAGAACGCGGUGUGAAAGUCCCACUUAAGUCCCGUCUUUUGAAGGUGAUACCAAGGGCUGGUGAUGGCUGGAAACCGCCUUUAAAAGAUCCAAAAGCACCCGAGGUCAAGAUACACCGUGGCACGAUUCUGAGUGGGCCCGUAGAAGUAAUUGAUAGCCCCAAGCAUUGUAAGGCACUCAUCGAUCGAUUCCCAGAAGCAGUUGCUAUGGACGAAGAGGGUGAAGGUGAGUUUUUGGCAAUAGUGAACUUUAAUGACCUUGGCCAUAAGACCACAGUGGGCAGGAUGACUCCAAGUCAGUGAAUUGAAAUAAAUGCCCAAAUCCUUUAAAUUCCUUGUUAGCAGAAUACCUUUAAGUGAAUUAUUCUAUGAAUAGAUUAAUGAAAUGGAAACUACAGGAUCGUUCAGACUGGAUCACUAUUUAUUUUUUUAUUAUAUGCUCAGUUCAUCGGCCUGUGCUUAUCGAUGCCUUGCCCUUGCAAUCAAGCCAGUUAAAUUACGAAUUGUCAAAGUUUGUUUUAACUAUCUCUCACAAUCCUUUCCAGCUGCCUUUUCUUGGCUUUUCGUGCAUACAGUGUUUCAGUCAUAAUUACUUCACUUCUUCAUGUAUGACUGAUCUUUACUCUAGGCGUGUUUGCUGCGGCUCACGACCUCGACAUUGAGUGGAUCGUCAUUAAAGGGAUUUCGGAUUACGCAGGUGGCAGCAAAUCCAAGGAGUCGUCUUGGAGGCCAUUUGCGAGUUUAAUGGCAGCUUCUGUUACGGCUCAUAUUCUCAGCGAUGCCAUCAUUUUUCAAGACUGGCCUCACUUUGAGUGCACAAGUAAGUAUACUAACAGUUAGAAAGCGUCCAUUACUUACCAAUGCCUGGUUCUUCUUUUACUCUUUUUUACUCUAUCCACUGAAAAUCCUAAUUUUUGCAGUUGUCGAUGAAAAAUUGAACAAUCCGCUUGCAAAUCAGUACACUUGUGAAUCAAGGUAUCUGUCUGUGGUACAUUAAGUUAAUGUUGUGGUUCCUACACUGUAUUGCCAAUGGUAUUCAAUAGUUUUAACUAAGUGGUCAGAGUUACACUUCCUGAAAUUUUUCAGCCGGUUUGUGAUACCCGGCUUGAAAUUUCAGCCCGGACUAAACUAUACUCUUUUACACAGGCGCCUUCGAUUAAAACUACUGUAGCUAAAAUACUGACAACUCCGAUUCACUAAAACUCUCUUUAUGCAAUCGUGUUAAUCGCAAUCGUCUUUUUGAAAGGCUUUGUCCCAGAAGCCGAGCUAAAAUGUAAGCCAGGCUAACCAGGAUGCAAUUUUUAAUGUAAUCGGCGCCUUAAGGGUGUAAGUGAUUUGACACAAACGUUGAUAUUUCCUUUACGAUAUGUAGGUGUUGGGAAAUGUAGAAACUGCGAAUCACGCAUGAAGACGGAUGCCCAGAUACCUUGG